AUGGAGGGUCUUCCCGAUACAGGACUGGACACCUCGAGCUGGCAAACUGGAGCUCUUCCGCCAAUUGAAGAUCUUGUCGAUGCAAACGACUUCCAGAUAGCUGCCAAGAAUGUUCUCUCCGAUCGAUACUACGCUUACUAUCGUACUGCCGCGCUGGACGAAAUCACAUAUAAUGCCAACAUGCUUGGCUGGGAGAAGAUUCGUCUGAACGGCUUCAGCUUCACCGACGUAUCGAACACCAAUACCAAGACAAGUAUUCUUGGGUAUGAAUUCGAUGCGCCGUUCUUCAUCGCACCUGCCGCGAAAGCUGGAUACGCGAGCUCUGGUGCCGAGACCAACCUUGCGAAAGCUGCUGGCGCUGCGAACCUGCUCUAUGUACCAUCCAUUUCGUCUUCUCAGUCGAUCGAGGAGAUUGGGUCGGCUGCUGUUGACGGUCAAGUCAUGUUCCAUCAAGAGUACAUCUGGGCGGACAAGGCCAAGCUACAAGAUGAGUUGAAGCGUAUGGAGAAGGCAGGCUUCAAAGCAAUCUUCUUGACGGUUGACAACACGGUUCGUACAGGAGUGAAUGGUAUUAGAAGCCGCUACAUGCGGUUCUCUGCAGGUGGUGAUGCAGGUCACAGUGCGACAUUCACGAUUGAUGCGCUGAACCAAUUGAGAAACAUGACUUCGCUGCCGAUCGUACCCAAGGGCGUCAAGACUGCUCACGAUGUCAAGCUCUGCGCUGAUCUAGGUUUCCCUGCCGUUUACAUCUCGAACCACGGGGGUCGUGUUGUGGACAUGGCGCCCACCGCAGUCGAGGUGCUUCUUGAUGUACAUCGUCUGUACCCUGAAGUGUUUGAUCAUAUUGAGAUCUACGCUGAUGGUGGUGUACGCCGUGCUAGUCAUAUCAUUACACUUUUGACCCUUGGCGUGCGUGCUGUUGGUCUUGGUCGCCCACCAAUGUAUGCCAAUGUCUACGGCCAGGAAGGUGUCUCGAAGCUCCUGGAUAUCAUCAAGAAGGAACUCAACACUGAACUGGCGUUGAUUGGCGAAGCAGACUCGAACAACGUAAGAGGAAAUGCCACUUUUGUGAACACUCGACAAGUUGAGCUCGAGUUCUUUGGCGCACCUCUUUCUUGA